AUGUCUCGCGAACUAAAUCGUGUUUUUAAUUCGGAUCAAUUACAAUUACAAUCUCAACCUUUUCAUAAUCAUCAUGAAUGGAUUAUAGUCGAUGAAUCCUCUUCUAUUGCGUCUCCGAAUCAACAUAAUAACAAUAAUCGACCAUUACCUUCAGUACCAUUAAUUAAAGUUCCCUUUCCUCCAAAUGUUAAUCCAGAAGAAUUAAUAAUUAAACCAAGGAAAGCAAAAGCAAAAUUGCCUACAAAGCCCCCGAAUGCCUUUAUGAUUUAUCGAAUGCAAUAUGUUAAAGAACUUCAUGCUAGAGAUCACAGAUUACCUAUGAGAAGUGUUUCUUCUGCUGUGGCAAGUUCAUGGAGAGGAGAACCAGAACAUGUAGUUGAACAUUAUGAAGUUAUUGCCAAGGAAGCUAGUAGAAUUUAUAAUCAAAAAUUUCCCAAGCCAACUUCCCCACAAAAAAGUCUUGGAGUACGUCAACCUCAAAGAAGAAAUGGUAAUAGUAUAAGUAUGGAUAUGUCAGAUAUUACCAAUCAACCGUUAGUUGGGUCUAUAACUCAAAUUGAUAAUUCACGAUCUAAUCAUUUUUCCCGAUAUUAUUCAACUGAGAAUCAUAGCAAUCGAUCUUUGACGAAUAAUAAUUCUUUGGACGCUCAUUCUUCUCUCAUUCACAAUCAUAAUUAUCCUAAUAAUCGGAUGCAUUCUUCAAAUGUACAAAAUCCAAUUCCAAUCCCUUCAGUUAUGGAUGCUCAUUAUUCUUCAAACAUUCUUGAAAGACCUUCAGUGCUUCAAAUAAGGUCUUUAUCUAAUUCAUAUCCUACUACGAAUACCAAUGUAUCGCCAUCUGCUUUUCAUAUGCCAUCUUUGCCACAUGUUCAUUCGUUGACCGCGACGCCUUUUCAUUAUAUGGACGAAUGGGACUUUACCACUCCUGCUCAUGCUUAA